CUUUGAGAUUACUGGGAUUUAAAAAAAAAUCAUUUCAACUUGGUGUACUUAAAGGAGACACGCUGCCAUUUUACUUGAGGUCCUCACACAGAAGACUGCUGUGAAAUUACAGGGAUUUAAAAAAAGAUCAUUUCAACUUGAGUGUAACAUCAUCGUCUGACUGUCUUCACAAUAUAAGUCACCACAGCGGGAUUUGUGCAGAAUGGGCAAGGGCAGAAUUCACUACUGCUCACAGUGUGAGAAGAGUUUUGCCAGCCUGAGAAAUCUCAAACAACACAUGUGCAUUCACACAGGAGAGAAACCAUAUUGCUGUUCACAUUGUCGGAAGAGUUUUAGAAGUUCAAGUUCUUUAAAAUACCACCAACGCAUUCACACAGGAGAGAAGCCAUAUCAGUGCUCACACUGUGGAAAGAGUUUUAUACACUUAAACUCUUUAAAAUACCACCAACGCAUUCACACAGGAGAGAAGCCAUAUCAGUGCUCACACUGUGGAAAGAGUUUUAUACAUUUAAACUCUUUAAAAUAUCACCAACGCAUUCACACAGGAGAAAAGCUGUAUCCCUGCACACUAUGUGGAAAGUGUUUUAUAAAUGGAAAUGCUUUAAAAGUUCACCAACGCAUUCACACAGGAGAGAAGCCAUAUCAGUGUUCAGACUGUGGGAAGAAUUUUGCACAAUCAGGUGCUUUAAAAGUUCACCAGCGCAUUCACACAGGAGAGAAGCCAUAUCAGUGCUCACAGUGUGGGAAGAGUUUUACACAUUCAAGUGCUUUAAACUCUCACCAGCGCAUUCACACAGGAGAGAAGCCCUAUUACUGUUCAUACUGUGCAAAGAGUUUUACACAUUCACGUCAUGUGAUAACGCACCAGCUUAUUCACACAGGAGUGAAGCCAUAUUACUGCUCACAAUGUGAGAAGAGUUUUACCCGUUCAAGUGCUUUAAAAACUCACCAGCGCAUUCACACUGGAGAGAAGCCAUAUGACUGCUCAAACUGUGGGAAGAGUUUUACGUGUUCAAGUAAUUUGAGAAAGCACCAGCUUAUUCACAAUAGGGAGAAAUCUACUGCUGAUCACAAUGUGGGAAGCGUUGUACAGAUUUAAUUAAGUACAUUUAAACAGAACAAUGAAAGUUUUAAAAGGCAUUAGAAGAUUUAUAGUAAACAGAGGCCAUACUUUAUACACACAGUAUACAGUUGAAACCAGAUAUUUACAUACACUUCAGAAAAAAACUUUUUUUUCUUUACUGUCAAACAUUAAAUCAGAGUAAACUUUUUCUGUUUUAGAUCAAUAAAUAUUAACAUAUUUUUUGCAUUUGUUAAAUGUCAGAAUCAAGCGAGGGAGAAUUUUUAUGUAUUUUUUUUUAUCACUUUCAUCAAAGUCAGAAGUAUACAUACACUAAGUUUAUUGUGUCUUUAAACAAAAAGAAAACUCCAGAUGAUUCCAUUCUGAGCUUAAGAAGCUUCUGAUAGGUCAAUUGAUUCCAUUUGAGUUAAUUGGUGGCACACCUGUGGAUGCAUAUAAAGGCACACCUCAAACACAGAGCCUCUUUCUUUGACAUCAUAGGAAAAUCAAGACAUCAGGAAAAGAAUUGUGGACCUCCACAAGUGUGGCUCAUCCUUAGGUGCAAUUUCCAGAUGCCUGAAGGUCCCACGUUCAUCCGUUCAGACAAUAAUAUGCAAGUAUAAAAAAACAUGGGAAUGUAUGACCAUCAUACCACUCAGGAAGGAGACGGAUUCUGAGUCCCAGAGAGGAACGUUUUUUGGUGCGAAAUGUGCAAAUCAACCCCAGGACAACAGCAAAAGACCUUGUGAAGAUGCUGGCUGAAACUGGUUAUCCACAGUAAAACGAGUCCUGUACCACCAUGAGCUGAAAGGUUACUCUGGGAGGAGAAAGCCAUUACACCUUAAAAAGGCCAGACUACCGUUUGCAACUGCACAUGAGGACAAAAAUCUUAAUUUCUGGAGACAUGUCCUGUGGUCUGAUGAAACAAAAAUUGAACUGUUCGGCCAUAAUGAUAAACGGAAUAUUUGGAGGAAAAAAGGCAAAGCUUUGAAGCCUCAGAACACCAUCCCAACUGUGAAGUAUGGGGGUGGUAGUAUAAUGUUGUGGGGCUGCUGUGCUGCAGAAGGGACUGGUGCACUUCACAAAAUAGUUGGCAUCAUGAGAAAAGAAAAUUAUGUGGAUAUAUUGAAGCAACAUCUGAAGACAUCAGCCAGGAAGUUAAAGCUUAGGCGCAAAUGGGUCUUCCAAAUGGACAAUGACCCCAAGCAUACCUCCAAAUUAGUUACAAAGUGGCUUAAAGACAACAAAGUCAAGGUAUUGGAGUGGCCAUCACAAAGCCCUGAUCUCAAUCCCAUAGAAAAUUUGUGGGCGGCACUGAAAAGGCAGGUGCGAGCAAGAAGGCCUACAAACCUGACCUAGUUACACCAGUUCUGUCAAGAGGAGUGGGCCAAAAUUCCAGCAAAUUAUUGUAGAAAUCUUGUGGAACGAUACCCAAAACAUUUGGCCCAAGUGAAACAGUUUCAGGGCAAUUCUACCAAAUACUAAGGAAGUGUAUGUAAAUUUUUAACUGAUGAAAGUAAUAAAAAAAAAAUUCCAUAAAAUUCUCCCUUGCUUGAUUCUGAAAUUUAACAAAUGCAAAAAAUAUGUUAAUAUUUAUUGAUCUAAAACAGAAAAAGUUUACUCUGAUUUAAUGUUUGACACUAAAGAAAAAAAAGUUUUUGUGUUUUUUUCUGAAGUGUAUGUAAAUAUCUGGUUCUAACUGUAUAUACAUUUUCAUUACUGAUGCUCUGAAUCUGCAAUGAUGUUUGUAAAGACUUUCCAUGGCCUGAUGAGGUGUAGGAAGGCAUGGUAGACGUACAAGAUUUAGUGAAUUAGUAACUCAGAUUUUAUUGUUUGCCAUAUUCAGUGUACAGUGAGGGAAAAAAUUAUUUGAUCCCCUGCUGAUUUUGUACGUUUGCCCACUGACAAAGAAAUGAUCAGUCUGUAAUUUUAAUGGUAGUAUUUGAACAGUGAGAGGCAGAAUAACAACAAAAAAAUCCAGAAAAACGCAUUUCAUAAAAGUUAUACAUUGAUUUGCAUUUUAAUGAGUGAAAUAAGUAUUUGAUCCCCUAUCAAUCAGAAAGAUUUCUGCCUCCCUGGUGUCUUUUAUACAGGUAACGAGCUGAGAUUACAGUAGGAGCACUCUCGGGGAGUGCUCUUAAUCUCAGCUCGUUAACUGUAUGAAAGACACCCUGUCCACAGAAGGAAGCAAUCAAUCAGAUUCCAAACUCUCCAUCAUGGCCAAGACCAAAGAGCUGUCCAUGGAUGUCAGGGACAAGAUUGUAGACCUACACAAGGCUGGAAUGAGCUACAAGACCAUCACCAAGCAGCUUGGUGAGAAGGUGACAACAGUUGGUGAAAUUAUUCCCAAAUGGAAGAAACACAAAAGGACUGUCAAUCUUCCUCGGCCUGGGGCUCCAUGCAAGAUCUCACCUCAUGGAGUUUCAAUGAUCAUGAGAACGGUGAGGAAUCAGCCCAGAAUUACACUGGAGGAUUUUGUCAAUGAUCUCAAGGCAGCUGGGACCAUAGUCACCAAGAAUUGGUAACACACUAUGCCGUGAAAGACUGAAAUCCAGUAGCGCCCGCAAGGUCCCCCUGCUAAAGAAAGCACAUGUACAGGCUCAUCUGAAGUUUGCCAGUGAACAUCUGAAUGAUUCAGAGGAGAACUGGGUGAAAGUGUUGUGGUCAAAUGUGACCAAAAUCCAGCUCUUUGGCAUCAACUCAACUCACCGUGUUUGGAGGAGGAGGAAUGCUGCCUAUGACUCCAAGAAGACCAUCCUCACCGUCAAACAUGGAGGUGGAAAUAUUAUGCUUUGGGGAUGUUUUUCUGCUAAGAGGACAGGACAACCGCACCGCAUCAAAGGGACAAUGGACGGAGCCAUGUACCAUCAAAUCUUGAGUGAGAACCUCCUUCCCUCAGCCAGGGCACUGAAAAUGGGUCGUGGAUGGAUAUUCCAUCCUGACAAUGACCCAAAACACACGGCCAAGGCAACAAAGGAGUGGUUCAAAAAGAAGCACAUUAAGGUCCUGUAGUGGCCUAGCCAUUCUCCAGACCUUAAUCCCAUAGAAAAUCUGUGGAGGAAGCUGAAGGGUCAGCCACAAAACCUUAAUGACUUGGAGAGGAUCUGCAAAGAGGAGUGGGCCCAAAUUCCUUGAGAUGUGAGAUGUGUGCAAACCUGGUCGCCAACUACGAGAAAUGUCUGAUUGCCAACAAGGGUUUGCCACCAAGUACUAAGUCAUGUUUUGCAAAGGAGUCAAAUACUUAUUUCACUCAAUAAAAUGCAAAUCAAUGUAUAACUUUUUUGAAAUGUGUUUUUCUGGAUUUUUUUUGUUGUUAUUCUGUCUCUCACUGUUUAGAUAAACCUACCAUUAAAAUUACAGACUGAUCAUUUCUUUGUCAGUGGGCAAAUGUACAAAAUCAGCAGGGGAUCAAAUAAUUUUUUCCCUCACUGUAUAUAAUUUCAAUUAAUGCAUGUAUGCAAUUGUCCAGGAAAGUUUUACUUAAGAACAAAUUGUAUUUUUGUCUCUUACUUUGGUCAUUUCUUCUUUUUCAAAAAAUCUGUUUUUUUGUGUAUAUUGUGUGUUUAGUCUGUGCAGGUUGUCCAUGACAGUUUGUUCUUCCAUAAUUUAGUUAGUCCUUUUCAUAAUAAAGUUGCCAAACUAGCCAGAAAACAUGUUAAUCACCGCAACACUGAUGUCUUCUACUGAUGUCUUUUGUUUAUCUGUAGAUAACACUGAAUAUUACACAUUUCUUCUCUAAAUUUUGAGAAGUUUUGCUAUUUAAUCUCUGUCUUUGUGUGGUUCUUUGGCAAUAUAUUCUCUAAUAUCAGCAUAACAUUUAUUAUUUUAAAUAUAUUAAGAAAAGAAAUGUUACCUUUAACUUAAUGUGUGUGAAGUAAUUUUUGUAAUGGUUCCUAUGGACAUAUUCAAUAGAAAGUUUUGACUGUGUUAUUGAUGGACUGUGCUCAGCCAAUCAGAAUCUUGCAUGGUGAAGCACACGAGAGAAAAUGUGUGCAUGACAGCAGAGAAAAAUGUAAAGCAGAAAUACAUAUUAAUUGACAUUUUGUAUUUUUUGUAUGUUCAUUAACUUCAUCUACACUAAUAGAUAAAAAUACCUGUAUAGCUGUGUAUAUACUAAAUAAAAUGGUCUGUCUUUGAAACCAUAUUUUGCUUGAUUUUAUUUAAUCAGGUUUAUUCACAGUGAAAUUCAAAUUUACAUAAAAAAUUAUGUCACUUUGUUUAUAUCUUUUCAAAAGUUGGCAUGACAUUUAUUUGAUAAAUGUGACUAAUGUAACGUUUAAAUUUUAUUUUAGAAGCUUAUUCAGGCAUUACUGGCAAAUUACACCAUUAUAUCAAUCACAACUGGUAUUGGGUACUUAAACUCCUCUAUACUUUAACACACUGAAUGUGUGCAACAAUGUCAAAGUUCACACCAUUUUAUUUUCCUUAAAUGUUACAGUAUUUUCUUAGUUGACUGUAUUAUGUUUUAUUGUAAUAUUUUGUUCUCCAUACCCUGAUAUGGUAACAAUCUAUCCAGUUACUUUGCAUGUCUUUAAUUGACCUGAUAGUUCUAGAUGUUCACCUGCCACACCCCAGACUCAGAUGAUGAGGUGGUAAUAGUUGGUUAAUGGCUUUGAAAUG